AGUUUUCGUCCCUAUUCACUUCUCUCUCGCUGAAACAACGCAGACUCCUAGUCCUCCAUGGACCCAAAACUCAUCGAAUCAUCCCAGUACUGCCUUCUCUCUACCCUUCUUGCAUUUCUUCUCUUUGCGUCUCUCUUUCCUUCGUCCACUUCACAACUGUCCACAGAUUUCUACUCACUUUCUUGCCCAAAUGUAGAGCUGCUUGUAAAGAACACGGUGCGCUCGGCUGUCGCCUUUGACCCCACCCUCUCCGGAAAACUUCUUCGCCUACUUUUCCAUGAUUGUAUCGUUGAGGGCUGCGAUGGCUCCGUGUUGGUGCAAGGAAAUGGGACUGAGAGGUCCGAUCCAGCAAACAGAUCCCUCGGUGGAUUCGAAGUGGUGGAGUCAGCAAAGAGGCUGCUCGAAGUGUUGUGCCCUGGGACUGUCUCCUGUGCUGAUGUGUUGGUUAUGGUUGCAAGAGAUGCUGUGGAGAUGGCUGGAGGACCAUCAGUUCAGGUCCCACUAGGAAGACGAGAUGGACGGGUUUCAUCGUCUUCGAACGUGAGACCCAACAUGAUAGACACCAGCUUCUCCCUUGGUGAGAUGGCUCAGCUCUUCUCCUCCAAAGGACUCUCCAUAGACGACCUGGUAAUCCUUUCAGCUCACUGCAGUGCAUUCAGCGAGCGGUUCCAAGCGGGACCGAAGGGAAAUCUUGUGCCCAUCGACAGCUCCCUGGACAAAGACUACGCAAUGGAGCUGAUCAAACAAUGCCCAGCUGGUGCAAGUGCCACUGUGACUGUUAAUAAUGACCCGGUGACUGCUUCUUUGUUUGAUAACCAGUACUACCGCAACCUGUUGGCUGGAAAGGGGCUCUUCCAAUCAGACUCGGUUCUCGUCAAUGAUUCCAGAACGAAGGGAAAGGUAGAGGCAUUCUCUGAGAGCCAGGAAAGAUUUUUUGCAAGCUGGGCGGAGUCAUUUGUGAAACUUACAAACAUUGGAGUGAAGACAGGCGAUGAAGGAGAGAUUCGUGUUUCUUGCAUGAGUGUAAAUGAUCAAGGGGAGUGAAGAUUGAAUGGUUAUUUCCAAUCAUGCUUGCUGUUUCAUUAGGGCAUCGGAUAAACAUGGUUGAUCACCUCUUUCAAUCAUGAGACCAGAGGUUUGGAUUGCUGAAUUGUUUGAAGAGCUUUAGGUAAUGAUUCUUCAUGAUGGAUGUAUUGGUUGCCCCUACAGCCGCGCUGUUUGAGGUAGCCGCUUUAUUGGCAAAAAAAAAAAGAAGAAGGAAUGUGAGAAUAAUUAGCAGAAGCCUUUGUCA